ACCUGCUGGCAGAGGACGCACCUCGGUCAGCACUUUCGUAUGUUAAUGACCCGUGAAAACCGUUUCCACCAGCUUUACCUGACUGGAGCAGAAGUCAGUCAGAGUCUCCUCACAUCUCACACAGUGACAGGAAUCUUGUUUUGUCCCUCAUCGGAUAUGGUCUGGACACUCCUGCUUCUCUUUUGCGGGCUGUCCGUGUGUCUUGCGUCGGACCGGACCGUGACAUUCCACCGGACCAGGCGGGAUGUGAACCAGAACCUGCGCCAGGAGCUCGCACGGAGCCGGAGGGAGAGCAGCGCUCCAUCAGUGUCAUCGUCAUCAUUCAGGCUUUCUCACGGUCCUCCUUUCACCUCCUGUCCACUCCCUCUCUCUCCAGCCGAACACAGAGUUCUGGACGACAACACACAUGAGACUGGGUUUAAUGGUGACGACGGCUCCCAUGUCAUUCUCACCUGGGUGGGCGACGGAACCGGAGUGGUUCUGGUUCUGUCUACAAUCAGCGCUCCUCUCGACACCUUCCUGGAUGGAGGCUCCUCACGGCUCUACAGGAGCACGGAUUAUGGAAAAUCUUUCCACGACAUUUCCAGUCGGAUCAACAACACUUUCAUAAAGGAGGAGUUUGGAGUGAGCGUUGGUCCUGGGAGCUCAGUGAUACUGACUGCUGACGUGCCGGUGGUGGACAACCCAGGAGGAAUUAUCUUCGCCUCCACGGACGCAGGAGCAACCUUCAAGUUCACCCAGCUGCCCUUCCAUUUGGUUCAGCCAAUCACAUACCACCCUGUCAACCACGACUACCUGGUGGCCCUCAGCAUCGACGGCAGUCUGUGGCUCUCUCUGGACUCCGGGGCCAAAUGGACAAAAGUCCAUGAUGGAGUGCAUUCUUUCUCAUGGGGAGCUGGUGUCAACUUGUUCUUCAGCUACAGUCGAGUAGACGCAGUGGAUGCAGAAGAGAGAGGAGACCUGGUCCUGAAGACAACUAAAGACCUGGGAAGAUCCUUCACCAUCAUCCACGAGGACAUCUUCAGCUUCGGCUACAUCGGAGCUUUUCUCUUCUUCUCUGUCAUGGAAGAUCCGAGAUCUCCUCGUGUCAUGUACUUCUCCUCAGACCAAGGAGACACCUUCAGCCGAGCUCUGCUGCCUUCAGCCUCCACAGAGCAGUUCUAUUCUAUCCUUGAUGGAGAUGAGGACAUGCUCUUCAUGCACGUGGACAACCCAGGAGAUACCUUCUUCGGAACCAUGUACACGUCUGAUGACCGUGGAAUCUUGUUCUCCAAGUCUCUGGAGCGCCACCUGUUUGACGGGCAUAGAAAGAGCGAUUUCAGAAACAUCACAUCACUCAGAGGGGUUUACCUGACAAAUAAACUAGAUGAGGAUGGUCGAAUACGAUCUGUCAUUUCUUUUAACAGAGGAGGGAAGUGGCGGCAGCUUAAAAAACCUGAGAACGUGGACUGCAGCGAACAAACAAAACGUUGCAACCUCCAUGUUCAUGGAGAACACAGUCGGAACAACAGGAUAGUUCCCAUGUUGGCUCUGUCAGACCCCACUGCUGUUGGUCUGGUCAUUGCUCACGGCACAGUCGGUGACUCAUUGUCGUCAUCGCAGCAUCCAGAUGUGUUCGUUUCCUCAGACGGAGGUUACAACUGGAGGGCCACACUGAGGGGCCCUCACCACUACAGUAUAUUAAACUCUGGUGGCCUCAUUGUGGCAGUGGAGGCGCAGCGUGAAGGACAAGUCAAGACCAUCAAGUUCUCCACAGAUGAAGGCCAAUGCUGGAAACUGUAUAAUUUCACAGAGCAGCCGUUUUUCUUCGCUGGCCUGGCGUCUGAGCCGGGCACCAAGGCCAUGAACGUCAGUGUGUGGGGUUUCCGGCCAGAGGAAGACGGGCAGCCCAUGUGGGUAGCUGUUACCAUCGACUUCCAGAGCCUCAUCACUCGAGAGUGUGGUGACGAGGACUAUGAGGAGUGGCUGGCCCAUUCUACAGAGCAGGGAGACCCUGAGAGAAACGGCUGUGUCCUGGGUGUAAAGGAAACCUACAGGAGGCUAAAGAAACAAUCUGUGUGCAGAAAUGGGAAAAGUUUUGUGGUAACCAAGAAGCAAACCUCUUGCCUGUGUGUCAGAGAUGAUUACUUAUGUGACUAUGGCUACUAUCGUCACCCGAACACUUCAGAGUGUAUCAGGCAACCCGAUGCUGCAAAUAAAACGUUGGAGAUCUGCUUGGAAGGUCAAGAGGAUGAGCUACUGACUGCAGGGUACCGUAAAGUGCCGAGUGAUAAGUGUGAAGGCGGUUUCAUGCCGCACAUGGCAGUGCAGACAGUCAUCAGGCCCUGUGGUGUCAAACCUACACCUAACUCUUCUGGUUGGUCCACACCCCCUGAUAUAGCCUUUGAUACACCACGAGAGAGGUUGGUGCUGAUGCUGGUGUGUGCAGGAGCAGGUGUCAUUGUCCUGUUGGCGAUUGUUUCUGCUUUUCUUGCUGUCAAACGUGUGGUUUAUAAAGACAGGACACCAGUGUAUCGCUUGUCCAAAUUGCAGAUACAGGAGGAAAAUAACUGCGUUACUGACCUUGAAAGCGGCACUAGCAGCAAUGGCAACUGUCAGCAUGACUCAGACGAUGACCUUAUUGGAUGACAAAUGGAAUGUUCUGAUGGUAUAAAUGGACCUGGUGUGCUGAGAAGAGACUGCCUUUUAUCAAAUGAAUAUGUAUAAUUUGGACUGGGUUGUUCUGUGUGCCACCUUCUGGGGAUUCUAUGUCAAAAUCUAUAAAAAAAAAAAAAAGUGAAGCACAUUAAUUUAUUGAGCUUUUUCAUUUCAUUCAGUUUCUAUGUGUAGUUGUUAAUUUGUACAGUAUUGUGUUUUGUAUUUCACUAAUUUUACACCGCAUUUUUAUGUUUAAAUGCUGCAUGUCAAAACACAAAUGAUGAUUGUUACAAUUUGCAUUUGUGAGCAAUAAAUUGUUUCAUAUUUUAA